AUGACUCAAGAUGCCUACUACAUCACGCCUAAUGAAACAGCUCUAGCGGUGGUAGCCACAUCCAUGAAGAAAUCGAGACUGCGAUUGGAGGUUUUGAUUUGCAAUUCUAUCAUGGGUGGUGUUUUUUUUAGCACUGGUGGUAUGCUUUUCACGGCAUGUCACUCUAUGAAUCCUGGCGUCUUCGAACAGAAUCCUGGAUUAUUAGACUUUCUGGGUGGAUUGAUGUUCCCUAUUGGUCUCUUUUACGUUGUGAUCAACGGGGCGGACCUGUUCAAUUCCAACAUAUUAUUUUUCAUGGUCGGAGUGUUGCAAGGAGCCGUGUCAGUAUACGAUCUGCUGAUAAGCUGGGUUUUCAGCUGGCUAGGUAACCUGGGAGGCACUUUAUUCGUGAUGUAUGUUAUAUGUCACUUGUCAACGGUCACUAGUUCGCCUGAUUUCGUGAAAUGGACGCACAUUUACGUCGCACAGAAGGACUCAUUCAAUUUCAUCAAAACUUUCAUAAAGGCCAUUGCCGGAAACUUUUAUGUCUGUCUGGCCAUUUACCUGCAAAUGAUGGCUAAACCAAUCCAUGUCAAAUUUCUGAUGCUGGUGCUCCCGAUUUUCAGUUUUGUCGGGAUGGGGUUCACACAUGUUGUUGCAGAUAUGUUCAUGCUUACCAUCGGCAUGAUAAAUGGCGCCGACUUACCAGUCUCCCGGUUUAUCUGGAAGCAUAUGGUUGCUGCGACUUUGGGAAAUAUUGUGGGAGGCGGUGCUUUUGCUGCCAUUGUACCAUUCUAUAUGCAUCUUGUUAGUGUGGAAAAUGACCGCAAGCGCCUGUCUUUGCCGGAGCAAGAGGUCAGAGACGAACAACCUGAGCUUAACGUCGAUUCCAGAGUGGUUAGGAUGCCCACGAAACUAGCCGAAGAAGUUGAUGAGGAGGCAGAGGAGGGCGAACAAGAUGCAGAAGGAGGCAACAGCCCCGAAAAAAAUGCAUUCGAAUGCAUCAGCAGUGACUCCUCGAUAGUCGAUACAAACGGUGCCAGCAAACGUCCCGUUGAAUACAGGCCUGAUAUGAGAACUUCAAAUUCAAAUUUUUCAAUGCGGCAGGGUUCAGCCUUGAGGAAGAUAAGCACGGAUAGAUCCAUGGCAAGCGUGCGAUCAAAUGCUUCAGUCCCACAGAGAACGCCGGCUGGCGUAUUCCCUGUCAAGGGGAUGGCUCUCCCACGCCCAUCAGUGUCCCAGAAAACAUCCUUUCAGGACCGAAGCGUGAACAGGAUGUGGUCCAAUCGUCCUUCUCAUUCUACCAGCAAUGGUUCCAAUAUUUUACGAAAAUUAAGGACCUCCAAAUCAGACCAGAAUGCUCCUUCUGGGCAGCAGGGUUCGAGCUUGCGGCACACGCUCACAACUUACUCACUCAGCCAUAUCCAGCCAGACACAAACGUAGAGACGCCAGAGAACGUCAUGGAAACCAAGAUGGGUGCUAGAUUAGAAAGAGCUAUCACAAGGUUAGGAUCAAGGUUUUCUCGCGAUGAAAAAGAAAACACAAGACGUUUACCCAUUACCACGCAAGAAUUACACCCGGUCAUCAGCCGAACACCACAAGAUGUUAAUAGCUACGUCCAGUCAAACUCCAAGACGCGGAGCGGUUCUCAUUCUGUCGACCCCAUUACAGGGGUUGCUUCGGAUGUGCCGCGUUCUUUCGAUAACGAGGACGAAGACAAUGAUAAUGACAUGCCUCAAGGCUGCAGAUCCAGAAAUGUUUCGACCGCUAGUGGACCAUCUUUUCCUCGCAGGCCAUCAUCUGCAUAUGUGCCAGAAACAACUGCCCCCGGGCGAGCGAUAUCAAGCAAAACCUCUCUACGCUUUGAUCAAAAUGCCCGGGAUGGGAAAGAGUACCCAUAA